AUGAUCGUCGACACGCCCAAGAACCGGUGGAUCAUCCGGUCUGCUAUCACCGGCUUCUCGUCAUGGGGUCAUAUCUGCCUUUCGUACACCGUCGUGAACAUUUGGCGAUUCUGGCCGGACUUAUAUGAUCAUAUCACGCCAUGGAGGACAUACUGCGCGCUGGAAGCUGGCUUCCUGUUGUGGUUCGUCUGGUACCGAAGAGUCCUUCAGCGUCCUGCGAUACACCCUCUAAGCCGCACCAAGGAGGAGCGCAAAGCCCUCUUCGACAAGCUCCUCAGUGAGAUCCAUGACCCAGUCCGCUUCCUACGCGGCUGGUUCAAGGGAGCCGAAAUUCGAGAUAUCGGUGUGAAAGAGCUUCAAGAAUUCCUGAUCUGGUCAUUCUGGGACGGCAGAGUGGAAGAGGUGGACGAAGACGAACUGCAGGAAUACUUCGAGCGGGUUCAGCAGAUGUCGCCGGAGCUGUCUUUCCGCGAAGGUUCCAGCAAUGCAAAGGGGUUGCGAUUGUCCAUUGAUCCCUUUGAGAUCGAGUCGAGGACACUUUUGUGGUAUGGGCUCAUCAUGGGCAUGGACACCUGGAUGUUCCGCAUCUUCUCGCAAAAAGGUUACCAAUAUUUCGGAACCGCCACAAAUCGUACUAUCUUCCCUCCCAGAAUUGGAACAUUCAUUCAGAGUCGACCUACCGUAGCAAAGAAGGUCUCAUACUGGAUUACCCGCCCGCAUACUUCGAAGACACGACUCCCGAUCGUUUAUUUCCACGGCAUUGGUAUCGGCCUCAUCACCUAUGCACAAUGGAUUCAACGCCUCGAUGAAGCUCUCAACCGUGGUCAUGGACCAGACGACCAAGUCGGCAUUGUCAUGAUGGAACUGCCCUACAUUUCUUCUCGUCUAUCCUAUCACUCAAUUCCUCGACGAGAGGUGCUACUUCGCGAAUUUACCACAAUCCUGGAUCAUCACCAAAUUUCCAAGUUUGUCCUGGCUGGUCAUUCUUACGGCAGCAUUUUCAGCACAUACAUCUUGAGGGAUCCCAAGCUCUCAUCGAGAGUCGUUUCGUCGCUAUUGGUCGAUCCUGUCGCUAUCAUGCUUCACAUGCCCGAUGUGGCUUAUAACUUCACCGUGCGAGCGCCUACUGGUGCGAACGAAUGGCAGCUUUGGUACUUUGCAUCGAAAGACCCUGGUGUCGCUCACACUCUCGGAAGAAACUUCUUCUGGUAUGAAAAUGUGUUGUGGCGAGACGAGAUCUUCAACCUCAUCAAGAAGAACAAUCUGAAUAUCACAGUUAGCCUCGGCAGUGACGACUUGAUCGUCGAUGCGGAGGGCAUCGGAAACUACCUCAUGGCAAACAAGAUUCCCGAUCCCGUCCUCGUGGAGAACGAGGCCGGCGUCAAAACCAUGGAGCUUCAAUCGGCCGGCGGAGGUACGGACAGCUGGAAGAACAAGAAGUGGACCGGCAAGGGUCUGGAGAUUAUGUGGUGGCAAGGCGUCGAUCACGCCAAUGUUUACAAGACACACGAGAGUAGCGAGGAGCUCAUCAAAGUCCUCGUGGAGUAUUGCCGGAAUGGCUCGAGCAAGAAGGCGUGA